AUGUCGAGCCCAAACCUCCCGGACGGGGCUUUUCUCACGAGCAUCAACGGCAGGCGCUGCACCGCCAUCCCCAAACAGGGCCGCCAGGAGCAGACGACGAGAGAGGCGCCGACGACGACCGCCCAGCAGCCCACGCCGACGCCUCCUGCGCGCGAGACGCCGACGCCAGCCAACCCGCCGCCUCAGCAGCAGAACCCGCCGCAAGAUGACACGCCCGCGAGAGCCUCGUCCUCGCCGCAACCAGAUCCGCCCCAGCGUGAUCCGCCCCAGGCAGAACCACCGCGGCAGACACAAGCGGAUCCUCCGCCGCCGCAGGAAUCCCGUGAACCAACGAGUACAUCCAGUACGACCACAGCCUCCCCUUCACCUGUCAUCACUCCCUCUGCACCCCCACAACCCAUCCGCACCGUCAUCACACCUCCUCCCGCCUCACAAAUACAGAACCCUCUCGUGCCUCCCACGCCCCAGCGGCCGCCCCCGCUGGCCGAGGACGGCCGCGGUCCCAUUCUCGUGCCCUCUCUGACACCCCCCUCCCCCAUCCGUCCUCCCCCAUUAGCAGACGAGCAGCCCAGGCCGGGCCUGCCCUCCCUCUCCCCAUCAUCACCAGCCCCCGGCAGAGAGACGGGUGCCCAGUCGAGCACGACGGCCAGCGACACGACAGAAACGUCCGUCUUGGUGCCGUCGCCGCCGGCCGCGCCCGUCUUGACGCCGCCCACCUCCCCCCUCGCCCCUGUAUUUCCUUCCACAUCUGACACGCAGCCAUCCGCUGUAGAGAGCAGUCGGACUGAUCAAGAAACAGCCCCCACACAGGCCAACCCAGGAAACGUAGACGGGCCCCAGAGCGACGUCGAGGCGCCGUUGGGAGGCGCCUCGUCGACAGACGACGCCGCCUCGCUCAUUACCAGCGCCCCCGUGCCCAUUGGCGGAGGAGGAAGCCGAGCCGGCGAAGACGCCGUGACGACGACCGGCAGGGAGUCGCCUCUGCUCACGAGCCCGCUGCCAGGAAGCAGCGCCGACGGUGGAUCCUCGGGCAUGUCGGCAGCCAUCAUCGCCGGUGCCGUCGUCGGCGGCGUCGCUUUCCUCACCAUUUGCGCGCUCCUCUUCUGGUUCUGGCGGAAGAACAAGAAGAAGAGGCGCAGCACGCUACUGACACCCCUCUCGACGCAGCCGCCGUCGAUGCGCAAGGAGCGUCCCUACAUCUUCGACCAGGAAUCCGUCGGACCGACGCCCCGCUCGACCAAGUUCAAGGCGGCGCUCGGCUACAGCCUCAUGCGUCUCCGCGGCCAGGUCGGCGGCGUCUUCUCGUUCGGUCACCGGCGCAGCUCGAGCGCCGUGCUCAGCAAGGAGCAGUCGCAGCUGGCGUACUCGGACCUUUCGGGCCACAGCCGUCACGGGUCGAACGCAUCGAGCCGGGGCGCGCCGGCGGCUGUCGUCGUGACGAGCCAGGACCGCGCCCGCGACUGGUGGGACAGGCUCAAGAUGGACGCCCUCUUCAACUGGCGCACGCGGAACAACGGGCCCAUGGACCCUGAUCCGUUCGCGUCGGUGCGCGAGAAGCAGAGCGAGACGGUCAACAACAAUGUCGGUCAGCCGGACUUUUUGACGCUCCUCGGCAUGGAUGAGAGGGAGGUCGAGCGCGAGGCGCAGCGUCGGCGGGCCAGCCGCAAACACGGCAGCACGGCGUCGAUGGACCACUUCCUCAGCGGGCUCGGCCUCAACGUCGACAAGAACCCGGACCCGUUCUCGGACAGUCACGCGCUGCCGGCGGAGCCGACGCGGGCGGCGCCGACGAACCCGUUUGACGACAGUAACGCGGUGGCGGCGCCGGGGUUCGCGGCCAAUGCAGGCCAGAACUACAUCGAGGCGCUGCGGCGGUCGCGCGGCACAUCGAUGGGCGGGCUGACGACGCGGCCGCCGAGCACGCAGGUGGCGCGGUCGUCGCGGUACGACUCGGUGUACCGCGAGUCGGGGGGCAGCGUCGACAGCUUCACGGCGCGGCGCAACAAGUGGCGGUCGGACCCGUUUGACCUCGAGCGUCCGGACCUACUGUCGAGCCAGGGCAGCAGCGUCGUCGGCGGGCGGGUGUCGGGGGCGCUGCGUCGGCCGUCGGCGGCGCACAUGCGCAGCGAGAGCAUGCAGAGCAAGUACAGCAGCGGCGUGGGCUCGACCGGGUGGAGCGAGCCGGGGCCGGACGUGGGGCCGACGGGGCCAUCGGGGCGGUGGGACACGGACAGUCCGACGUCGGGGUACCGACCGGGCGAGCAGCGGCGCAGGCUCAGCGGCGGCAGCCAGCAGACGCAGGGCAGCGUCGGCAAGGCGAUGUGA